CUGACUUGUCAGCGAAAUACAAGAUCUCACACAGCUAGUUCCAAUUCCAAGCACUUUCAAGUGCCACAAUUAGAAAGAAGUGGAAAAUGGGGCAUGCAGCAGCCCCUGUGAAUCUUUCGAAGAUGUUUCAUCCUUGGAAUUUUUCUUCUCUGCUGCAGCAGCCUUGCCAUCUAAUAAAAUAUUCACCCGUGUUAAACUAACGCAAUUUAAGAUCCAAGAACCUAAGACAGUUAUUUAACAUUGUAAGUACAAAAGCAAUUGAAUGGUUUAAAGCUUGCUGAUCUUAAAAAUAUGGUUGAAGACUUGAGUAGUAAUGAGGGAGGCCAGCCAUGUUGGAGGCAAAUGGAUCUGUAUGAAGACUCUCCAGCCAGUUCUGAAUACAGUACAGGAUCAACUAUCCUCCCUUUCUCAGCUGGUGACAUUAUGGAACACUCUUCACACCGGGAUAUAGAAACUGAAAUGAAGAACAUACCAUUUAGGACAUUGCCAUAUUCUAAAAAGGCUUCAGCUAAUUUCUCUUUCGUGGUAGAAAAUGCUAAACCUGCACCAAGAUUUUCAUUCAGUUCAUCUCACGGGCAACAGCAAAACAAGAGAAUUUAA